CUGAGGCACAAAGGAGGCGCGGUUUCGGUUUUCGCCGCGACUGUCUGCGGAGGCCCGGCUCUUGCGGGACCUGGGGUCGGAGUUCUGGUUUCCGGCCGCGAGCCCCAGCCUCCUUUAUAAUUGAUAUAUGAUUGUUGCAGAAGAAUUGAAAAUGCAGAAUACUGGUGAAGAAUGAAUAGUUACUGAACCUUUGCACCCCGUCUUUUUCCGAUGAUUGUUAAAAUGAGUCUACGGAAACAAACCCCUAGUGACUUCUUAAAGCAAAUCAUCGGAAGGCCAGUUGUGGUCAAAUUAAAUUCAGGAGUGGAUUAUCGAGGGGUCCUGGCUUGCCUGGAUGGCUACAUGAAUAUAGCCCUGGAGCAGACAGAAGAGUAUGUAAAUGGACAACUGAAGAAUAAGUAUGGGGAUGCAUUUAUUCGAGGAAACAAUGUAUUAUACAUAAGUACGCAGAAGAGAAGGAUGUGAUGACCCCAAGGAAGCAAUUCUUUUCAUAGUUGGAAUAUAUUUUUUAUGAAAUGUUUUCUAUUUUUUGGUUCUUUUGUGAUGUAAGUUGUCUUGCCUUCAUAAUAGUUGGUGAUUUUUCACUGACGUGUGAGUAAGGUAAAUGUAUAAAAUUAUGGACUGAAUUAUAAAAAGUUUUUCACAUUUAACUUUCAGUCAUUUUGUUUUACAUCUGUGUCAGUAUACAGAAUGCUAAAAGAAUAAAAAAAUACCAAAAUCCAUUUCUUCCUACAAGAUUGUUUAACUUAAGGUUCAGGCAGUGUCUUAUGCUUUACUUAUUCAGCUGACUAAAAUGGCGCAUACCUGGGCAUAAAAUAAAAUGUUCUAGAAUCGUUCCCAGUUAUCCUCCUCCUCCUACUCCCCAUCUAUGCACCACACAGAAACUUGGGGUGGGUAAAAUGUUCUAUGAAAGCAUCCAGCUUCAGUCUGAAGCUAUAAAAAGGGGCCAUGAGGCUGGAAUGUCAGCUCCUGAUUCAGCCACCUAGACAGAAAAUAGAAUUGGGACUGUAACAAUGGCAGUUCCGUGAAAGAAGUGGUAAUCUCAGUUGAGUUGGGGAGAUUUUGAAGACUGACUGUAUGGUUAGGUGAAAAUUUUCCUGUGAGCAAUCACCAUACUACAACUCCUGUGAAAUUAGACUUUUUUAAUGGUCUUGCUCCCUUUCAGGAGCAUUGGUAUCAGUGUUAAUCUCUGUGCACACAGGAGAUGAGGAGCCACUCCUGUGGAUCUGUAGCAGUCAUUUCUUUGAAAGCAGAGCCCUUAUUUGUAAACUCAUUUAGGUUUCUCAGCUGUGCUUGGGAAGGAGCUACUAGCAAGUAACUUUGGGGAAGCCUUUCUCUAAAAUCAGCUGUAUUCAAGUGUGACUUUGUCUAGCCUUUCUUCUUGCUUGGCACAGGGCAGCUCUUCCACAUUACAUGACUCCUGCAGAGAGUUUUGCAAAUUUAUUAAUGAGCUUUUCAGCACCCUGCUUUAUUCUGUGAACAGUUUUAAGUUGUCUCUAUGAACAAUAAAUAUAUCUGGGUGCUGUGGCUGAAUGGACACCAGACGGUGCAAACAUUGUGCUGGCCUUGCUCCCCCCGCCAAUCUAGCAGAAUCUCCGUUUCAGGGGCCAGGGGUGUGAUUUGAAGCAGUUGCCUGAUAGAGGGAUAUAGGAGGAGGGGAAGGGGUGUUAUUGGUUCUGGAAAGGUAUAUGUGGCAUUUGUCUUGUUUUAUUUUAAAGAUCAGAGUGUAAUUGCAAAAAUUGUUUUUUAAUUAAUAAUUUGGGAAAGGUGAAUGGAAACAUUUCACAAAGCUUCACUGUGUGCACACUGAAAAU